GCAUUUACUUAAAUGCAGUUGCGCAUAUAGCAUAUAUAUUCUCUUUCUCGGGUAGGACAACUGGUGAUUUGACGGCACCAAAAUAAAUUGUCUCAAUUGAUUCAGCUAGAUAAUAUUCUGUAAGGGUCAAUACUUCGAGGUGUAAUUAUUUACCAUUUGAUACUUGUUGCUGCAUUAAUGUCUUAUCUCAAGUCUUUAUCUUUUGGUGAAUAUUAUUUAGGAUUGUUUGUCCUCGAUAGUUGUCAUAUCAAUACCUCAGAUCAGGUAUGCCUCGACAAUACCCUGGAUCACCCCUCCAUACCAGUAUUCCAAUGGGAUUUCUCCAUCCAAAUGAGCCGUCUCCAGUCUGACCAAUUGGGUAGGCUUCAUUCUCUCCAUUCUGAUCAAUUGGGUAGGCUUCAUUCUCUCCAUUCUGAUCAAUUGGGUAGCCCCCAUCCUGAUCAAUUGGGUAAUCUUGGAGCAGCAAAUGUUGAGAGCCUGGGGAAUUCAAAACCCUGUUCUUUUCUUUUUAACUCCCAGUUACGUAACUGCGUUGAAGCAUCUAAGAUUGCCAGCAUGGGAAGGCGAUUUCGUCGUGCGAGGUUGGUACCAGAAGGUACCAGGGGUCUUUUCCCAUGGACCUAGAACCUUCAAAAUUUCAUUAUUAUAGUUGAUCGUACCAAUGCCAUCAAUAAAGUCUAAAUGUAUAUUGUUU